UUGUUGGCAUCUAUCUAUGGCUUUUCACCAAAAAAAAAAAUCUAUCUAUGGCUUCCUCGAAGCGAUAUUCAUUCUUUAUGGGAAGAAAGUGUUUUUUCUGCAGAUAACCUCCACCCCAGCUGAACUAUAUAGUUUACCGUCAUUUGUCCUCGCUCAUCAUCUCUCUCUCUCUCUCGCUCUCUCUUCUGGAUUGUCCCUGUAAGUUUCAAUUUCCACCAUUCAUCCAUGCACCCCUCAGCAUCUUACAAGUGAUGUUCUGCUAACAGUCAAGGAACAGAGACUAUUAAUGCGAGGAAAUCUCAUUUCUGGAAUUGUAUACAAAUGAGUCUCCAAUUGAAUCACGCUUCUCUUCACCCCCAAUCCCCUUGUCUUCAUCUCCAUGGGAUUUUGCAAAUCCAGGCCUCUCGCUUCUCGACCCGUAGAAAACUGAAACUCGACCGGACCUUCGCUCUUCGUUAUCAUGUAAGGUCUUCACUAUCGGCUUCCUUCGAGAACCUGUUUCAGAAUUUGAUUUGUCAGUUCCCCUCCGUGAACUCCUUGGAUUUGAUCGCUCCAGCUUUGGGUCUUGCAUCCGGUGCUGCGUUGUAUCUCUCUCAUUUUAAAUCCCCUCGGAAUUCUGGACUUUCUGAUAUUGGAGAGUGGAUUUUAUUCACCACCCCGACGCCGUUCAAUCGAUUUGUAUUGCUCCGCUGCCCUUCCAUGCAAUUCGAGGGGAGUGAGCUACUGCAGGAAGUCAAUGAUAAGCUCGUCAAGGAGGACAGGCAUUUCGUGAAGCUCAACGGCGGGAGGAUUCAUGUACCGUAUCCGGAUGAGAUGCAGAUGCAUGGCCGUUUUGAGGAGAAACUCGUUUAUCAGAGAGUUUGUGUCAGCACAGACGAUGGAGGUGUUAUUUCCUUGGACUGGCCAGCGAAUUUGGAUUUGACAGAGGAGCUUGGACUGGAUACGACACUGUUGCUUGUACCGGGGACAACUGAAGGGAGCACAGAUAAGAACGUAAGGUCAUUCGUAUGUGAAUCUCUGAAGCAAGGGUGUUUUCCCGUCGUCAUGAAUCCAAGGGGAUGCGCUGGUUCACCUCUUACCACUCCCCGGUUAUUUACUGCGGCUGACAGCGAUGAUGUCUGCACAGCUAUAAAGUUUAUCAACGGUGCAAGACCAUGGACAACAUUGAUGGGUGUUGGCUGGGGAUAUGGUGCAAACAUGCUGACAAAGUACCUUGCAGAAGUUGGAGAGAGAACACCCCUUACAGCCGCCGCAUGCAUAGACAGUCCUUUUGACUUAGAAGAAGCAACAAGAUCAUCCCCCUACCAUCUUACCAUAGACCAAAAGCUCAAAGGUGGACUGAUUGAUAUUCUGAGCUCUAACAAGGAACUCUUUCAGGGCAGAGCAAAAGGGUUUAAUGUGGAAAAGGCUCUGUCAGCCACAUCUGUGCGUGAUUUUGAGAAAGCCAUAUCCAUGAUUUCUUAUGGGUUUGAAGAUAUUGAAGAAUUUUAUGCGACAUCUAGUACAAGACAACUGGUUGGGAACGUGAAGAUCCCUGUUCUCUUCAUACAGAGUGAUGAUGGGAUGGUACCUAUAUUCUCCAUUCCGCGCAGUUCAGUUGCAGAAAAUCCAUUCACAAGCCUACUUCUCUGUUCUUGUUUGCCUUCUACUACUAGAAGCGAUAUUUCUGCUAUAUCUUGGUGCCAGCAUCUUGCCAUUGAGUGGCUUACAGCAGUGGAACUUGGACUCCUGAAGGGUCGACAUCCUCUUCUGAAAGAUGUAGAUGUUACCAUCAAUCCUUCAAAAGGUUUAGCUCUGCUUGAAUCUAAGGCAUCAGAUAAGAGUAGGAACAAAAAUAACCACUUGAAUCCUACACCCUCAGAUGUUUUAAGUGGAUAUUCCGUUGGUCCACUGAAGGAUGCGAUUGACGAGACUAAUACUGCUCCCCAUUUAAGAUCUGGAAGGGAUUUAGAAAGGAAGUCAAAAUUUCAAGAUGAAGGACAAGAACAACUUGUAAAUGUUUUUGUUUCACAGCAAAACAGUUUAAUCCAUGCAGAAUCACUCAAAGAGGAAGGGGAUGAUCCAGUAGAUAGUGAAAGAGGCGAAGUGCUACAGACAGCAGAAAUGGUUAUUAACAUGCUCGAUGUAAAUCUGCCUGGUACACUAGCAGAAGAACAGAAGAAGAAGGUCCUGGCAGCAGUGGAACAAGGAGAAACAGUCAUGAAAGCUUUGCAAGGAGCUGUACCAGAAGAUGUUCGUGGAAAGCUUACAGCAGCUGUUUCUGAAAUUGUGCAAACUCAAGGAACAAAUUUAAAUCUUGAUAGACUCAUGAUGAUUGGUAGGACUUCUAGUUUAUCAAAGGCAAAGUCUAAGGCCCAUGAAAAAGCUGGAGGUCCCUUAAGUUCUGAAAAUGGGUCAAGUAGCAGCAACUCUUCGGAUCUUGUGAAAACAGUUGAUGAACUGACCACUGCUUCAGACAACAAUCAGUCUGGAAUGGAGAAGCCGUCUGGGGGGAUAGAAUUAGAGCUUCAGCCUCCAUCAAAAUCUUUGAAAUCUAUUGAGAUAGGUCAAUCUCAAUGUGUAAGUGCUCCUGUAGAUAUUUCCAAUUCAGGAAAGAAGGAUACUAAUGAGGCAGAGCAGAACCAAGGAAAAGAUGAAUUAUUAAAAGAAAGAUCUGUGCGGUUAUCUGAAUAUGAAGAAACAAGUUCAGAAACAGGUGGUAAUCAUAACCAUCAUAGCAGGUAUGAGAAGACAAGCAGCACUGAGGAAGCCCAGGGAAAGGUGACCCAAGGAAAUGGAAUAGCUCACAUGGGUGUAAAGGAAGUGAAUGAUAAUAGGACUACUGAAGAUGAAAGCUCAGAUGCUUCAGUUGACCAAAGUAAGCAAAUUCCGUCCGCAAAGUCUGAAGAAGCCUUACCUUUUGUGACAGCAUCUCCUCAGCCAGAGCCAAUGGAAAAUGUGGGCAACAAUAACCAGACAAAUGAAGAAAAAAACAACAAUAACCAGACAAAUGAAGAAAAAAACGUGCAGCCUAUGACAGACCAAAAUAAGCAAGGGUGUACCAAAUCUGAGGAAACUUCUCCAUUCUUUGUACAAGCUCCUAAUCCUCCCUCUUUAAAUGUUUCACAGGCAUUAGAUGCGUUGACAGGUCUGGAUGAUUCCACCCAAAUGGCUGUCAACAGUGUUUUUGGAGUUAUAGAAGAUAUGAUUAUUCAGUUGGAGGGAAAAGACAACAGAAACGAUGGAAAGGAAGAUAAGAUUGAGGACAGGGUUGAGGAUGAGAAUGAGAAACCUGGUUCUGCAUCCGAGCCUUCUGUCACUAGUGAACACAAAUUGGAAAUUGAAGAAGACAGUGAGAAGGGAAUGAGCUCAGAGGCCAAUCAGUUACAAUCAUGUGAUAAUCCUGUAGACAAUUCCUGCGAGAAAUGUGCAGAACCACCUCAAGACACAAGAAAUGGAUGGGAUGAGAGGAAACUCACAGAUAACCCUAGUUCACUUUAUAAAAGCUCUACUGGUGGUUUCUGGGGAUAUUUCAAUGGUAAUAAUCUAUAUAAAGAGGACAAAAAGAGGAAAGUAGAUUUGACAAGAUCCAAAUUUUUGGUGGAGAAUUUGGAUAAAUCUAAACCUGUACACAAAUUUCCACUGUACGUAACUAUAAAUCCAUACAGAGACUCACAGUACAGCGAAUACCUAAAUAAGUAUCUUCUUUCAAAAAUGUCAAACACCACAUCUCUAGAUUUGGAUACGACUACUGAUUUAUUGCUUGACUACAUUCCAGAAGAAGGACAAUGGAAGCUCUUGGAUCAACCUGGAAACUCUAGAAAUUUGGGUGUUGACCGGAAGGGUCAGGAUAUCUGCUCAACACCAGAUGUAUAUGAUGUGAAUAAAAUUAUUGAACCAUCCUAUGUUAUAUUAGAUACUGAAAAAGAAAUGCAACAGAUUGAAGAAUAUGGGACAGUAGAAGAUUUUAAUCAGAAAGCUCAAAUUGGUUCUGAUGUAUCUUCUGAGGAGCUGACACAAUUUAUUAAGAGUAUUAUACUGGAUUCUUUAAAAUUUGAAGUUGAUCGGAAGCUAGGUGCAUCUACUGUGAAAGCUAUGGAGUCUGAUCUUACUCAAGAUUUAGAGCAAGUUGCAAAUGCAGUGAGCCUGGCAAUAGGACGGAGUGAGGAGCUGAUCUGGUCUUUGGCGAGUAAAGACCCUGCUUCCAGGAAGUUUGGCACACUUAAUGGAGAGCUUAUUAUAAAUACAAUUUCAUCUGCUAUUCAGGAUGCCAAUUAUUUGGGUAAAGUGUUGCCAAUUGGUGUUAUUAUAGGCUCCAGCUUGGCCGCUCUGCGAAAACACUUCAGCGUAGCUACAAUUGAUCCAGCUGACAGUAUGGGGGAAGAAUAUUAUGGUCAAGUUGGUCAGAUGGGGAGCCGUCAUAAACCUGUUGAAAAGAAGGAUCAAUUUUCUGACAUGGAUGGCUUAUCAAGCAGAGUUGAAGGGAAAGUUCAGGGAGUUAAUCUAAAGAAUGACACUAUGAUGGUUGGUGCUGUUACAGCUGCCCUGGGUGCAUCUGCAUUGAUGGUACACCAACAGAGAGCUCCAGAGAGAAGUGUUGAAAUCACUGAAGUUUCUUCCACGUCUCUCAAUGUGAGAGGAGGUCAUGAGAUGGAACCUGAUAAGCUUCAAGAGGAAAUAUCAGAAAAAAACCAGAAUAAUAUAGUUACUUGCCUUGCUGAGAAAGCCAUGGCAGUUGCUGGUCCGGUAGUACCGACUAAGAAUGAUGGUGAAGUGGAUCAGGAAAGGCUGGUUGCAAUGCUGGCAGACUUGGGGCAAAAGGGUGGAAUGUUGAGGCUUGUUGGUAAAAUUGCUUUGCUUUGGGGGGGUAUUCGUGGUGCUAUGAGUUUGACUGACAGGCUUAUCUCAUUCUUGCGUCUCGCUGAGCGUCCCUUGGUUCAGAGGAUUCUUGGGUUUGUCUUCAUGGUGCUUGUUCUAUGGUCACCAGUGGUUGUUCCUCUACUUCCAACACUUGUGCAGGGGUGGGCAACACAUAAUUCCAAUGGAAUUGCUAAAUAUGCUUGCAUCGGAGGCCUUCACACUGCUGUUCUGAUCCUCAUUAUGUUGUGGGGCAAAAGAAUCCGAGGAUAUGAAAAUCCACUUGAGCAAUAUGGGCUGGAUUUGACAUCAUUGCAAAAGCUCCAUGACUGUCUGAAGGGUUUGACAGCAGGAGUCAUGCUCGUCUUAUCAAUACAUUCUGUGAAUGCAUUACUUGGUUGGGCCUGUUUCUCUUGGCCAAGCCGUGUGCCUUCAUCUUUAUCAGAUGCUGUAGCAUGUCUCAAAGUGUGUGGAGAAAUUUUUGUACUGACCGGUCAAGGAAUCAUGGCAGCAAUUGGUAUUGCCAUUGCAGAAGAAUUGCUUUUCAGGUCAUGGUUACCUGAAGAAAUAGCUGUGGAUCUUGGCUAUCACCAAGCAAUUAUCAUUUCAGGGCUUACAUUUUCUAUACUCCAGAGGUCUGCUCGUGCCGUACCAGGUUUGUGGCUAUUGUCUUUGGCUCUCUCUGGGAUUCAGCAAAGAAGCAGUGGCAGUCUUUCCAUUCCAAUUGGGAUGCGUGCAGGCAUCAUAGCUACCAAUUUCAUCCUACAGAAGGGCGGCUUCUUAGCCUACAAGGGCAGUGGUCCUCUCUGGUUAACUGGGUCUCAUCCAUUCCAACCAUUCAGUGGAGCUGUUGGUCUGGCCAUAUCCUUGUUAUUAGCUAUAGCUCUGUAUCCACAAAAGCCUCUACAGAGGAAGAAAAUUAUGAAGGCCACUUGAGAAGAGAGGUGAGAUAACGCUUAGUUGAGUUGUAUCUGGAAGUAGGCGAUCAAUUUGCAUAAUUUAGCAGUCUUGAGGACUGACCAUGAAGGAAAAUGCAAAUUUUGGGAUGAUAGGGUGGGUUGUACAAAAUUGUACAGUGUGGUUAGAGUUGUGAUGGUCGAGCCGGUGCUGGUAGCCUCUGAAGGAAGUGUUCUCAGGACGCUUUUGGGGGAAGGAACAAAGAGAAAUGAAAAAGGAAACUUGAGAGAGAAUCAGUAAAGGUAGGAUGGGUCGCUGGGUCGCCUGGUGUGGUCAUAUCUUUUUCUCUGUCAAGCCGGUAAUUUUUUGGUGUAUACCUUGUAAAGAGAAAUCCAGGAGCAAAAGAUAAAUGGAAUGGAAGAAAAUUUUGCCA